AGGGACACCCAAAAAAGAGGCUCUUCUAUACCCCCUUUUUUCACUGCCCGUACCAUCACUUUGCGGUUGUUUACCACUGGUUUAUAUAUUUUUUCCCAAUUCAUGUGAACCGUUUCGCACGCUACCAAAGGUUUACUGCUGGAGUCUCCUAAUAUUAUUUUUUUGUUUUCCCGCUGUGCUGAGCAAACGGAUAUCUGCGCGUUCUGACUUUCUACUCACAGCACGGUGCCUUUUUCUUUUUAUUUAUAACAGAUAUAUCUGUUGAUUUGCACCGCUCCACGUGUUUGCGCAAGCGUGUGCACAAACAAAACUUAUUAGGCUGUAGCGACUUCUCAUAAUUAAUUGUAUUUAUUUUUUUUGUGUUUUUUCUGAAGCUGAGAGAGAAUGCGGGCCAACAAAAGCCGUGUGAAGAUACCGCCGAUUCACAAGCUUCGACCCAGUUGGGCGGCCACCGCCCAACACGCCGCCAUCUACCUUCUGCGCAACUCCUUCCUCUGCGCCGUAAUAUCAAUUUGCAUCAUUCAGCCAGUUUACCGAUGGCUCGUUCUCGAAAGUGGCACCCUGCGGCGCCUGCCAACGCAAGGUCUCUUCACGUUUGUCGUCGCAUGGCUGUGUCACUCCGUGCCGUGGAUUGUUUUCAACAGCGUAUUCCUCUUCCUCGACAGCGUCCACCCGGAGUUGGGGACCAAGAAGUACAAGGACCACCCGUUGGUGGUCCCGCUGGGUCGCUGGGCGGCCAAGUACCGCCUUCCUCGGCAGCCGCAGCAGCUCCCCUCGCCCGCCCUUAUCCGGCGCACCAUCGUGCAGGCGAUGGUAGACCAGUACAUCAUCAUCCCCAUCGCACUGCUCGUCACCUUGACCUACACGCACGCGUGUGACCUGCGGUCCCCGCCUCCCGAGACCGCGAUUGUAGGCUUUGCGCCUCAGGACGUGUCCGAAUACUGGCAGGGCCGCCACCUCGGCAGCAUGUGUUGGGGUAUCUUUACCCUCAUGCAGCACUUCCUGUUGGCCAACGUGGUGAAUGAGGUGGGCUUCUACGUUGCCCACGGCGCCCUCCAUUCGAGCCCCACAUUGUACAAAGUCUUCCACAAGAAGCACCACAUGUACAUCGGCACCAUCGGCAUCGCCGCCGAGUACGCGUCGCCGCUGGAGGAGGUUAUGAGCAACGCGGUUCCCUCCGUCGCAUACUUCGCGGUGAUGUUCUUCGCCUUCACGCGCGAGGCCGCCGCGGAGUCUACCUUCGUCACGUCGGCGCGGGCGUGGCCGCUCUUCAUGACGUGGAUGUGGGCACGCCUGUGGGAGACGUUCGAGACCCACAGCGGGUACUGCUUUGCCGAUACGUCGCUGGGCAGGGUGGGCCUCCUGCACGGUCAUCGUGCCCGCUUCCACGACUUUCACCACACACACAACGUGUCGAACUACGGCGCCGGUCUCUUCAUGGACGCUCUCUUGAACACGAUGGACCCCUAUUUGAUCCACCGAUACCCCAGCAAGCAUCCAACCGAGACGACGCUGGAGGAGGAGGAGACGAAGGCGAAUCACGACUUGCAGCAGGCCACUGAGGCGCUGCAACGUGCAUCAUCGUCGCACUAG